GAUACAGAUCAAGUCUUCACGUUCAGAUUCUGUUCCUCUUGUUGUUUGUUCCGCGUGAAUUUGUUGCUGCCGCUAUUUUGCUCUUGCAUUUAGUAGCCAUGUCUGGACGAGGUAAGGGAGGCAAGGGGCUUGGUAAGGGUGGCGCCAAGCGCCAUAGAAAGGUGUUGCGCGACAACAUCCAGGGCAUCACCAAGCCUGCCAUCAGGCGAUUGGCGAGGAGAGGUGGCGUGAAGCGCAUCAGUGGGCUCAUAUAUGAAGAAACUCGCGGUGUGCUUAAGAUCUUUCUGGAGAAUGUCAUUAGGGACGCUGUUACUUACACCGAGCACGCCAGGCGGAAGACCGUUACGGCCAUGGAUGUAGUGUACGCUCUGAAGCGCCAGGGCCGUACUCUUUACGGUUUUGGAGGCUGAGAUGAAUGCUGCGACGUGUCUUGGUCAAUGUUUAUGGUGUUACUGAACACCACCUCCCGUGCGGAACUUUUUGUCGAACUCCGUCGAUUGUCUGCUCAACCUUGUUAGUGUUGCACUGUUUCCCGUAGAGCUAACCGUGUAAUCCUUGAGUCUACACUUUUCAGUUGAAGCGGUUCCAGACUCUUGGCUUGUCUGGUAUUGAGAUCUUUUGCUGCGAGGGAGUCCUUAUGAGAACACUCAAAUCGGUUUGGAACGAGCAUGAUGGAGGAAUGGUUUAUAUCCAGCUCGAUCCUACCAGGUUUCCGAUGGUUGCCACUUCCUCGUGGUCCCAGGCUUUCCCGAAAUUGCUAUAACGGUGUCUGGCGCUCCCACUUGGAGCACUACGCGUGUAGCACUCUGUUAGUGCUACUGAAACCUUGCAGGCAAACCUCCGGAUGUAUGCCGCAUGCACUGAUGAUACUAGAUAGUGAUAAGAACAAAGCCAUUACUGGUAACUGUUCAUCCGGUUAAACAUAGUAACUCUUAUAUUAUCAUACGUUUCACAUCCUUUGGAAUUACCUCAACUAUAUGUCGUACUGCUGCAUCAAGAUGCAAAUCUUUUCCAUUCAAAGUAUUUUCUGAACGAA